AUGCCGCGCUAUGCUCGACGCGACUUUUGGCUGCAAUACUGGUGGCUGCACAUAACUCUGAAUUACAUCUCUGAGAGGUACUCGUUCAGAUCAUUACACCAUUCGGAUUCACAACCAAACAAAUCUCACAGCUCAUAUCGCGACGAGAAAAUGCUCGAAAUGCUUCCUCAACAGUCUUCUCAAUAUCAGUAUAUUCCUCAAACACCGCAACAACAGAGCUAUCACUGCAGCCAAUACCUUGGUGGAUUCCCAUAUACUCCAACAUCCCCUUCGCCGUUGGGAUUACGCAAUGUCAAUGCUCAAGCCAUGAACGAGCGCAACCAGAAUAAUCAGUCAGCAGAACUUCAAGACCAGGAGAAUUCCCCGUCUUCAUUAUUCCACAAGCUACAAAACAACGACAGCAAAUCAUUCUCCUUUUCUCCUCCAGCAUACAAUACCGUAACACCCCCAUCUCGCCGUUCAACAGCAUACGAAGAACAAUUCAAAAAAUCCGGUGGAUCAAGAAACCCUUAUACCCGAAUCUUCGGCUCCCCUUCUAGCAAUGGUAGCCCUAAUAACAGCGGCACAUCGACAUCCUCCAAACAUCGGCAACUCUUCCUCAACCGCGUAAAACAGAACCGUGACGAUGCGCGAUACGGUUACCGGGGCGAAUCGCUCGCGAUGAUGGAAUAUCACUCCGAACAACAGUCGUGGGACGAACAGAUGCGUCGACGAGCAGAUACGCUUUCGCAACAAUAUCAUAUCGAAGACGGGGCAAUCCUUGAUGAAGAGGAAGAUGAGGAUAAUAAUGAUGAUUAUGAGAGCAAUGAGAUGAUGCUUGACCCUGAACAGUCUGCUCUCGAGGAGUUUAUAAUGCAAGAGGAGGAUAUUGAUUCAGCGUUAGUGGAGAAUUUUCCCAAUGCCGAUAAUCGUCCUCGUUCACCGGCGAGGAGUGACGGGUCAUUAUUUGGUGGUGAUGAUGGUGAUUAUGAUGAUAUCUUUAUGGAACUUGUUGAUUGA